UGGAAUAACCCUCUGAGAGUCGAAGCCGUGAUUUUACCAUCCCCUUGUGGUCGACGGGUGGUCUUAUUAUUCUCUAUUCUGAGGAGUCACUGAACCAGAUAUUAAGGCGAGGUUUGGACAAAUGGAUAGUUCGAGGAAGAACUAUGAGCUUAUAUUUCUUUCCCUCUAUGCCUUGGCUUUUUAUGCCAUGAUCAUUUGUCGAUCUCUUCAGCUCUCUCAUGAUCACUUGGAAAGGCUUUUCGGUUUGCGACAUGGAUGGAUUGCAAAUCUUCCGAAUGAUGUGUCAGAUUCUCAAUGGAGAAACUUCCGUGGAAACUUACCUGUUCUUACUCUUGUUAUGGUGAUCUUCAUAUUAGUGGCAAAUAUCUUGAGAGCAAAAUAUUGUUUAAAAUCAAAGGGAAUGUCAAUUGUUUGGCUGUCUCUUUCUUUGAGUUAUUUGUCAUAUCUUCAUGGAGCUUGUGUAAUAUUCAUCAUUUCAAUUGCCUCAGCUAACUAUUUUCUAGUAAAGAUAUUUUCACAAUCAAAGUACUUUCUUCUUGUGCUUUGGAUAUUCAACAUUUUCUUUCUUCUGUGCAACCGUGUUUAUGAAGGAUAUUCAUUCUCCAUCUUUGGACAACGUUUGGCUUUUCUGGAUAGCUACCGUGGCACCUUUAGAUGGCAUGUUUGCUUUAACUUUGUUAUCUUGCGUAUGAUAAGCUAUGGAUGUGAUUAUUAUUGGGCACAGCGAGAUUCUUGUGUUGAUCAAAAGAAGCACAUUCAGCGUUGCCAUAUUUGUUCCUCAGGAAAAAAGUGUUACGUAAUUCUACAGGAUAGAAGUGUCGACAUAGAUAAGUUCUCACUUGGUAUGUACCUAUGUUAUUUGGUAUAUGCUCCCCUUUACAUUGCUGGACCAAUUAUAAGCUUCAAUGCAUUUGCUUCACAGCUAGAUAUACCGCAGAGAAAUUAUUCUACUGAAAAGGUGGCUUGGUAUGGAAUCAGAUGGAUUCUUAGUCUUUUCCUCAUGGAACUAAUGACUCAUUUCCUCUAUUAUAAUGCCUUUGCAACCAGUGGUGUGUGGAAACAGUUAUCUCCUUUGGAGGUCUUCAUCAUUGGAUAUGGGGUCCUUAAUUUUAUGUGGCUUAAAUUUUUACUAAUCUGGCGCUAUUUUCGUUUUUGGGCAUUGGUUGGAGGUGUUGAGGCCCCUGAGAAUAUGCCACGAUGUAUCAAUAAUUGCUAUGACUUGGAAAGCUUUUGGAAAAAUUGGCAUGCUUCCUUCAACAAAUGGCUUGUCAGGUACUUGUACAUUCCUCUUGGUGGUUCUCACAAAAAGUUACUCAAUGUGUGGGUUAUAUUCACAUUUGUAGCUAUAUGGCAUGAUUUAGAAUGGAAACUUAUUUCAUGGGCAUGGUUAACAUGUUUAUUCUUUAUCCCCGAAAUAAUUAUGAAAUCAGCAGUUACUGCAUUUCAGGCUAAGGAUGCAUUUGGGGAGUUUGUUCUUCGUGAACUCAAUGCCGUUUCUGGUGCUUUUACUAUUACUUGCCUCAUGGUUGCCAACCUUGUUGGUUAUGUUAUUGGACCAUCAGGUGGCAAAUGGUUGAUUAAUCGGUUCCUUCAGAAAGAUGGAAUACCUGUUCUUGGUGGCAUGUUUGCUACAUUUUAUGUUGGAACCAAGCUUAUGUUCUACAUUCGUGAUGCAAGGCAGAGAUCAGUUUAAAGGUCAAUCCAAAUUUGAGGUCAGUUUGAAGUAACUUGUGGUUUAUUAGAGUGUUGAUG